AUGAAGUACACAGACGGCCAAGUCACCCACUACUCGUCCCAAAUCAUCGAUCUAGAAGCCAACAACCAUAGCCCAUACACGGAAAACAUCCCCUUGUCAACAUAUACCACUGCACCGACUCAGCCUUGUGACACCCCCUGGCCGGGAAGUACACAGGGCCAGACAACGGCUCAGGAGCAAACAAACGCUUUGGAACAGAGACCUACCCAAUCAUUUGGAGCCGCAGAAUGCUGUUGGGACUGUGGCAAGCUCUUCAUGUUCAUCACCGGUUUUGCGUUUCUAGGCUUUGUGAUUAUUGGGUUUUUCUAUUGGGGCUUGUAUGUGCCUAUCUCCGUUACGACGUAG